AUGCACUGUUCGGCUCGGCUCCUCUAUCACCACCUAAAACCACCACCAAACCCCCUCCUAACCCCAAACCCAUCACCCCCCAACAACAAUCCCAUUCUCAUUUCCCGACGAAAACUAGUCGCUUCGUCGCCCUUACUUCCGCUCUCCAUCGCCAUCUCCGGCCGGUCGAGAGCCGAAACAAUCGAUACCGAAAAUGCCCCUCCGCCUCCGACCAACUGUCCCGAUCCAGCCAACACAACACGGGAGGCAUUCCUUGACGUGUCCAUAGACGGCGAGCCCGUCGGCCGAAUCGUCAUCGGGCUGUACGACGCCGCCGUCCCGUCAGGUGCCGCCAGGUUUGCCGAGCUCGUGAGCGGGGCCGCCGGGCUCAGCUACCGGAAAAAAGAGUUUGUGAAGAUAAUGCCGAGCUACGUGCAGCACGGAGGGCUCAUAUCAUAUGAGAGUAGAAAAGAGAGAAAUUUGGCGCUUGUGCAGGAAUUCGAGAGACAGAGGGGCUCUUCAUGCGGGACCAAGAACGUGGCCGGGAGUUUGAGCAUAAUCGUGCGGGACCCCACGAAGCCGCCGCCUAAGGUGAAGGUGGUUGCGCGCAAGGGGAAGCUUGAAAUAGAUGAGGAGGAGACAAGGAUGGAUCCCAACGGCACCGAGUUUGUGAUUGCCACUAAGGACUCGCCCGAGCUGGACGAGUCGGCUUUGGUUGUGGGGAUAGUUGUCGGAGGGAUGGAUGUUGUCGAUAGAAUUGCUCAGGUCAAGACAGUGCAAGACAACUCCAGCUCUCCAUAUUUUAGGGUGGCAAAGCUGAUUGGAGACAAGAGGGCUGUGGUGGCCGAGAGAGGCUUCAACCGACCCUAUUCAAAGGUUGUCGUCACCAAUUGCGGCCUUAUCACGGGAUGA